AUGCCCUUCUUCCAGUCCCCAAAGACCGGGAAGGCUAAGCGCAAAAUCAAGGCCUACUACCAGCCGACCCUCCGCUCCCUGGAGACAUUCCUCGGAGGCUACCGGGGAUAUAACGAAACGAGAGCCGAGGGGACGAGCACCGCAGCAUCCGCGGAAACCCCUACGACAAUGAAACGCCACACACAAAAAGGCCAGCAGAACUUACCAGCAGAACAACCCGAUAUCGGGGAAAUGCUGCACAGCCAGCCCAAGCUCCAGCAACACAAACAGAUGGGUCACUAA